CUUCUGUGCCCGGCGGCCUGGCAGAAACACGGCCAGAGCGGGGCAGAGCCUGCGCCACGGCCGAGAAAACGAGGGGCGUUUCCCCGGCUCGCUGAAGAAACGUAAAGCACGGGCUGUGGCGGCCGAGAGAUCGCAGGAUCCCGGACACAGAGGGGCCGCCGCCCGCCCGCUCCCCGCCAACCUUCCCCUCAGCCGCCCGCCCGCGCCCCGUUAACCUCAGCUCCCCCUCAGCCGCCCGCCGGCAGGGGCGGGGCCGCCGCGGCAGCGCAGCCGCCUCUGCAGCCGUUGGUCCCGCGCGGCGCCCCGUAGGAGGGAGGUUGCGCCCGGCAGCGCGCGCGGAGCAGGCUGCGGGGAGUGGAGCGGCGUUGCCCGGGGAGCGCGGCCGGCCGGGCGCGGGCAUGGCUUUGGGCGAGAUGGAUGGAGCGGGGCCGGAGGCAGAAGAAGGCAAGAAUCAGGAGCCGGGUGUCAUCGCCACGAGGAAUAUCCUGGAGGGUUUCACAGAAGGUCAGGAAGUCAGGGGGCUCAUCGGCAACCUGAAGGGAGCCUUUGGGGAUAUGGUGACUCGGGAAAUGACCGUGGAAAAAUUCAUAGGUAUAAUGGACAAGUACCAGGAGCAGCCUCACUUGUUGGAUCGCCACUUAGAGUGGAUGAUGAAUUCCUUGUUGGAUAUAGUACGGGACAAGGGAUCUCCUCCUCCGCUAGUGCACCUGGCUUUUAAAUUUCUUUACAUCAUUACAAAGGUGAGAGGCUACAAACUUUUCCUCCCACUGUUUCCUCAUGAAGUAGGUGAUUUACAGCCAGUUUUGGAUAUGCUUGUAGACCAGAAUCCAAAAGACUCUGAGACUUGGGAAACUCGUUAUAUGCUUUUAUUAUGGCUCUCCAUGAUAUGCUUGAUUCCUUUUGAUCUGGCCCGUUUUGAUGGAAAUAUUAUUUCUGAGGAAGGGCAUGCUCGUAUGCCAACAAUGGAUCGCAUACUUAAAAUAGCUAAAUGUUACUUGAUUGUCAGUGAUAAGGCUCGAGAUGCAGCUGCUGUACUGGUUUCAAAAUUUAUUGUCCGCCCUGAUGUCAGGCAAAAAAGGAUGGCAGACUUCCUGGACUGGACACUUUCAAUGUUAUCUAAGUCCUCCUUCCAGACCAUGGAGGGAACCGUUGUUAUAAAUGGCAUGCUCCAGGCCCUGGCACAGUUAUUUAAACAUGGCAAAAGAGAAGACUGUUUACCAUAUGCUGCUACUGUUCUUGUGUGUCUUGAUAACUGCAAGCUGUCACAAAGUAAUCAAAUGGUUCUUCGCAAACUAGGGAUGAAACUUGUUCAGCGACUUGGACUGACAUUUGUGAAACCAAAGGUAGCAAAAUGGAGAUACCAGCGUGGCUGUCGAUCUCUGGCUGCCAAUCUGCAAGCUCAGGGUUCAGUUGUGCAGAAUCAAAUUAUAACAGUUGCUGCUGAUGAUGCUGACGAUGAGGAGGAAUAUGACAUUCCAGGAGAGAUUGAAAACGUUGUAGAGCAAUUGUUGGUUGGACUGAAAGACAAAGACACUAUUGUCAGGUGGUCUGCAGCGAAAGGAAUUGGUAGAAUAACUGGAAGACUUCCAAAAGAAUUAGCAGAUGAUGUGAUUGGGUCUCUCUUGGACUGUUUUAGUUUCCAGGAAACAGACAAUGCAUGGCAUGGUGGAUGCCUGGCUCUGGCCGAAUUAGGCAGAAGAGGAUUGUUACUCCCUUCCCGAAUUUCAGAUGUUGUUCCUGUCAUUUUGAAAGCGCUGUCAUAUGAUGAGAAGAGGGGGGCAUGCAGCGUGGGUUCCAAUGUAAGAGAUGCAGCGUGCUAUGUGUGCUGGGCCUUUGCUCGUGCUUAUGAUCCUGCAGAACUCAUACCAUUUAUUAAUCAGAUUUCAAGUGCAUUGGUUAUUGCUGCAGUAUUUGAUCGUGAUGUUAAUUGCAGAAGAGCUGCUUCUGCUGCCUUCCAGGAGAAUGUUGGGAGACAGGGCACUUUUCCACAUGGCAUAGACAUUCUAACUGCAGCUGAUUAUUUUGCUGUUGGUAACAGAGUUAACUGUUAUCUGACUAUAAGCGUGUAUAUUGCUGGCUUUCCUGAGUAUACACAGCCAAUGAUUGAUCAUUUAGUUAACAUGAAGAUUAACCACUGGGAUAGUGUUAUUCGAGAACUUUCAACCAAAGCUCUGCAUAACCUUACUCCACGGGCUCCUGAAUACAUGGCAAAUGUGGUUUUGCCAAGACUUCUGCCUUUAUCAGUGGGCACAGAUCUGCACACACGCCAUGGGGCAAUUCUUGCCUGUGCUGAGAUCACCCAUGCACUAUGUAAACUAGCAGAAGAGAGUAAGAGAUCUGUAACAUAUUAUUUCAAUGAAAAAUCAUUGGAGGGACUUAAGCAAAUCCAUCCAGAGCUUUGCAGUCGUCAACUGUACAGGGGUUUAGGUGGAGAACUGAUGAGACCAGCUGUCUGCACAUUAAUUGAAAAGUUGUCACUAUCAAAAAUGCCAUUUAGAGAAGAUCCAAUAAUCGGUGGCUGGCAGUGGUUAAUAAAUGACAGUCUAAGAAGUCUCACUCUUGUUUCAAGCACUGCACGACAGCAUAUAAAGGAGUCUGCGGUCUCUGCACUGGCUGCACUGUGUAAUGAAUAUUACAUCAACGAAAAGGGAGAAGCUGAUCCAGCUGUACAGGAUGAGCUGGUGACACAGUACGUUUCAGAACUACAAAACACAGAGGAAAUGAUUCGUUGUGGCUUUUCACGAGCUCUUGGGGCCCUUCCAAAAUUUCUGCUAAAGGGCAGGCUCCAACAGGUUUUGGAAGGUUUGAAAAAAGUUACAUCAAUUUCCCCUGCAGACGUGAGCUUUGCAGAAUCCAGAAGAGAUGCUCUCAUAGCAAUUGCAAAGGUUUGCCAGACAAUAGGUGUAAAGGGAGAAGGAUCCCAGGAAGAAUAUGUCUGCAAAGAUAACGUUACUCAGAUUUAUGCUACACUACUUAAUGGUGUGACUGACUACACCACAGACAGCCGGGGAGAUGUGGGAGGAUGGGUACGUGAAGCUGCUAUGACAAGUUUAAUGGAAGUGACGCUUCUGCUGGUUCAGAAUGAAGCGGAGUUAAUUAAUGCCAACAUCUGCAAACAGAUUAUGUGCUGGCUGGCUCAACAGUCAGCUGAAAAAAUAGAUAAAUUUCGAGCUCAUGCAGGAUCUGUGUUCCUUACUCUUUUACAUUUUGACCAUCCACCAGUUCCACACAUACCUCAUCGAGAAGAGCUAGAGAGGAUAUUUCCAAGGUCAGAGAAAGAGACUCUAAACUGGAAUGCCGCUUCAGAAGCUUUCCCUCGAAUCACCCAGCUUUUGGCUUUGCCAACAUACCAAUACUAUGUGCUUUUGGGUCUCUCAGUGUCUGUUGGUGGAUUAACAGAGACAACGCUCAGAUACUCUGCCCAGAGCCUUUUUGACUACAUGAAGAAAAUCCAGAAUGAUUCCAGUGCUAUGGAGAGCUUUUGUGAGACGUUGCUAAAGGUCUUUGAAGACAACCUGCGGAAUGACCGGGUGUCGGUACCUCUCCUGACAAUGCUGGACCAAAUGCUGGCAAAUGGCUGUUUUGAUAUAUUUACCAUGCAAGAGGACCAUCCCUUUUCAGUGAAGUUAUUUACCCUUUGUAAAGAAGAGAUCAAAAGAUCCAAAGACAUCCGGAAGCUUCGCUCCAGCAUUGGAGUGUUUUGUGGCCUGAUUCAAUUUCAAGGAGACAUGAGGGAGAAAGUUUUCUUUCAGUUGUUUCUUCUUCUUUGCCAUCCAUUUCCUGUCAUACGGAAGACGACAGCCAGUCAGGUUUAUGAAAUGCUGAUAACCUACAGUGAUGUAGCUGAUCCUGCCAUUAUGGAUGAGGUUAUGACCAUACUCAGCGAUACCAACUGGGAAGCUGAGCUGCCAGUAGUAAGAGAGAAACGCAACUGUCUCUGUGAUCUCAUGAAAGUGCCCAAACCGCAGCUGGUGUCCAAGGUGAAGUAUGGAACCGUGCUCCGGGGGGGGUUAAGGAAACACAGUGAUGAUCAGUUGUUCCACCCCAUCUACCGCGUCCUUCUGUGCGACAGAUGCAGUUCUCCACUGCGUCAUGGAUGUGUCAGUGUGCACCAGGAGGAACGUCCUCUCAGCUAACUACAGAGAAUAUACGGAAUUGCUGAAGACUGUUGUCUUAAGCCCUUCCAGUCUCGUUUCUUGAAAACCUUCCAGACAUGUAGUGUGACAUCUUACUUGGGCAAAAUGCAAGAAUGAAAUAAUGCGGUACAGAUGUUCCAGACACUGUUCAUCUGCCCUUUCUGGGGAAAUAAAAAGGAUAAAAACUUCCCAGUCAAUAUCAACAACAAAAUUGUGACGUGGUUGUGCAAGCCACAGAAAUCUAACACUGCCCAAGAGGAAGAAUAUAAUCCAAAAGCUAAUACCGACGGCAUAUCCAUAUGUAGGUCCCAUUUAAUUUCGAUAGGUUCGAGUUGCCCAUCUGCUCUGUAUUUCACAAGUACAGAAUCUUCUGCUUUGGUAAGGGUUUCUGAGAGGUUCCUUUCCUCUCUGUCCAAAAAUGAGGAGGCUCAAUUAUUACUGUCUUAGAGAACACGUGCUAACAUGACAAGCUACUUCCCUAGGGUCACAAGCACCCACAGCAUGUAAUCUAUCCUAUAAACUGAUUAAGUUUAAAAAUAGCGGUAUAUCAAUUUAAAAAUUAGAAAGGCCAAGACUCUUACCUCGUAGUUCUAGAAAGUUUUAUCCUUUGUAAUUAUUUUAGAAUUCAGGAACAUCACCUGUGCAGUCUUCUUUCUAAAGUUUUUCCUAGUAGGGUGGAUCUUCGUUCCCUUUAUUUAUCUAAAAUACUUGAACACCAUUAAGUUUAUUUUCAUUACUAGAAUUAUGCAAAGCAUUAUUUUGUUGUUGCCCUGCACAGCUCCACUUCAGAAUUGCAUUAGCCUUUUUCACAGCUGCGGCGUCUAAAGGUGAUCUUCGCUCAUGGAGCUUUUAGAGGCCUUUGGACUGGCUCGCUGUGGCAUUACCUUGUGCACAUCAGCCAGUUCUUCCUCUGUAAUAUUCUGAUAAUCCUUUACACUGAAGAUGCUUCCUAAUGUAAGUAGGUCCUAUGGUUUGAGUUGUCAUGGAUAUAAAAAUAUAUAUGGAUUUUUGAAAUGUGUAUUUUAAAAAUUGGUCAGAGGACUAAUAACUAACUAAAAUAUCUAUAAAUAACCCUCAAAGACACCCUGCUGUCCCCGUAGCAGUUUCUUUACUCAUCUUCCAGUUUUACCAUCGUGUCUACAGUCUUCUGCUUUUACUACAAUUUUAUGAAACUUGCAACUAACAUUUUUGUAAUUUUGGAAAACAAGAAUCAGAACCUCUUGCCCAUACAACAAUUGUUUUUAGAGCAAAAAUUGACCUGAGCAUUGCUGUUUCAAGGUUUUCUAGUCAGCUAAGAUAAAUGUUAUGUUUAAAAUAAAGAUAUGUCACAAGAUGAACUUCUGAACUCAAAAAUAACUUAUUUCAACUCCCUAAUUAUUGGAAGCUGAGAGAAGCCUGACAAGUUAGGAGAAAACCAUCUCUAAUAUAAACAGAAUAAUAAGAAAUAGUCAAAUAUACAGACAGGUAUUUUGGAUGCAGCUGUUACCAAUAGUAUCACAUGCAGUCUGGAACUUAGCUGCUGAAUUUGGAACUUUACCAUUUCCUCCUCUUUUAACAUAAGCAAAUAGCUAGUGUAACUUUGAGCGGGAAGUUAAGCCUGCACCUGCACCGAGAUGGAGCUCACUCUGAGAGCGAUACUGAACGCGGAGCAUUUCUCACAGCUGUCCCCAUGUCCCCACUAGCAGCCACCGUGUGCUCACACAACACUCUGCUCUUCUUCAGGAGCUCGUAGACCCUGAGAACCGGGGAGAAACAGUAGAGGAAGCCAAAGUAUAACAUUAUGAAAAGGUGAAAUCAACACCUGCCAUUCCUUUAAAAUUUGUACAACUGAAAUUGAGUAAGGGGCAGUCAAAAAGUAAAUGUUACAGCUUUGUGCAUCUGUAUUUUCUUCGUUUAGUUUCGUUAACGACAUGAUUGGGAUAAUGUUAAAUCAUGAUACGUGCGUACUCCGUGUGACCUCUCUUUUUUUCCCUCUCUCUCCUGCAGAGUUCGGCACAGUGAUGCUGCAGGCAGGGGCUGCUGGUUUCUAAAGGGAAGCUCUUGGUUCCGGUGCCGUUAGGACUGGAGGAGUUCUGCUGCCGCAUCCUCACAAACGGGAUUCUCAGCACGAGCUGCGAAGUGCACUGGUUAACAGCAUAAGAGGCAGAGAUUGCGUCUUAAAGCAUUGUGCAGAUAUGCCAUAAGAAGGCAACAAAAGAUUCAUUAUGUUUUCAGUUUUUAAAGUCAUUAUCUGUAGCCACAAGAUGGCGGUUUCUCUUCAUACUUCUGUCACAACUGACCUCGGGGUUUUUUGAUGUCAAUGAUUUAUACUUCUCUAACUGAAUGGAGCCAUUCAGCCUGUGCUUGCUGUACACACAUCAAGUAUUAAACCUGACUUGCUGCAUUAGUCUCUUAAAA